AUGGGCUCUGCCUGCCGGAAGUCUCUGCCGGCCGAAACGGGCUCAGACACCACCGCUGGUGCGGAGCAAGCUGAGCAGAUUCCGGUGGUUCACCCCGUGGAGGAGAAGAUUGUGGAGCGGCCGGGGCCUGGCCUAGGCAGUUUGGUGCGGGAUGUGGGGCGUUGGCACGCUCCGGUGGUGAUCCUGGACGUGGGGAAAGGCUUGAAGGGCAUCAAGGCGAGCUUCUUUAAGCUUUUCCCACGGGGGAAGUUUAUGAGCGUCACCGAGUUCUUCUCAAGCGAGUCGUUGCUGGGCCACUGCAUCGUUUUGAUCCAUGGGGGGGGCGAUCACAAGAACUACCUGGGGGAGCCUGAACGAGAGAAGCUGGUGGAACACCUCCGCAAAGGUGGAUCCCUGUUGACGAUUUCCGCUGGUGGCACCUUUUGCGGCUGCAACCAGAACUGCCUCUCCCUGCUGCCCAUCUGGGCCCACGAACGACCACAUUGGCAGCGUGGCACGGGGUCUGUGAAGCUGAAGCUGACGGCCUAUGGAGAACAUCUCCUGCCGGAUUUCAAAGGUUUAGAGCUUGAAUCCCAGUACUACAAUGGCCCCCUGCUGCUGCCUGUGGCGGAAGAGGGAUGGGGGGCAUCCUUAGAGCUCCCACUGCCAAUCUUCCCACUCCUCACCUACCAGACAGAGAUGAACGAAUGCCACGCUUCGCGCUCGCUGCUGGGGAUGCCUGCGGUGCUGGGCGGUGAGCUGGGCCUCCUGGGGGGACGCUUCGUGGUCUUUGGGCCCAACGUCGAGGUGAAGCCCUCAGAGUCCAUGCUGCUCUUGGUCCAACGCCUGGCCUCCUGGCUCUCUGCCUCUCCUCAGCUCCGCGCGCUUUCGGCCGCGGGCCGCGAUGCGGGGGUGGAAGAGGCCGUCGCUGCGAGGCCGCUGUACAGCGAGGUGCACGUGGCGGGGACAGAGCGUGAUGGCGGAGAGCUUUUGAGGUUUCCUCAGCCUUCGGCCUAUCCUGCCCUGGCAGAAGAUCAGAUCUCCGCCAGCGAGGUGGACGAGUUUAGCUUGCCAGAUUGCAGGUUGGUCAUUGUGGAUUUAGGGAAAGGCUUCGAGCAGCUAGAGGAGAUCUUUUCUCCGCUGGUGCCAGAAUCUCAACGGACCACUGUUUCUCCUCAAGACCUGCAAGGCGCUGUGAGCCCAGGAGACGUGAUUUUUCUCCACGGCGGCAUGGCCAAUGAGCAUGCCGAGCGCUUGGGAGUCGAUGGGCGGAGGCUGAUCCGACAGCACCUGUGCAGUGGUGGGGGUGUGAUGGGCGUUUGCGCUGGAGCCCAUUGGCUCUCAUGCCGAGACCUCCCUUUGUGGGGGCAUAUCUUGCCAGCCGUGCCGCAUGACAACAAAGAUUGGAGACGCGGCAUUGGCGAGGUGAGCAUCGCCCUGACGGUGGAAGGACAGCGGCUCCUAGGCCUGAAGGACUCCUCCAUGUCCCUGCGCUACGCGAAUGGACCCUUGUUGGUGGCACUGCAUUCGGAGACGUAUCAGAACUACCAGCCUGGCCGGGCGACCGAGGAGGAGGAGGCGAAGCUCGCGGGGCCCGGAGCGGUGCCUUUGGCGGUCUUCUCCGACUGCGCAGAUUCGAAGAUCACCGGUUGGACGAGCAUGAAGGGCCAUGCUGCCGCAUGGGCGUGGUGUACAUCGCAGGGAGGUCGGGUGAUUGCCCUCUCGCCCCAUCCGGAGUAUCACCAGACGGCAGAAUCCCGGCACCUCUUCAGGAGGUUACCGGCUUGCACCGAUGCGGACAACAGCGGCUCCAUCUCCAAACUGGAGCUGGUUGCGGCGAUGCAAAGCGGGAUGAUGUCGGCCAUGACGAAGUGGUCGGAUAACCCUUCGGUGGACGAGUUCCUCAUGCCGGGCGUCGACAGCAGCCGGAUCAUGGAUGAUGAGAAUCUCUUUGAGAAGAUCGAUGGCCUGUUCGAGGCGAUUGCUGGUGGGAAGAAGUCGUUGCCCAAGUGGUCUAUGGUGCUUGAUCCGGGAGAGUUUGCCGUUGCCAGUCUUUUCACACACCAGGCGAUGACGGCUUCGCCGGUAGACUUCACAUUGACUUCGCCCGGGGCUGAGGAUGCCUCGACGUCUGAGCCGGACUCCGAGCCGACCACUGUGGUGCCCAGAAGUGUCAAGUGGCACUACACCCGGAAGUGCAACUACUCCUGCAAGUUCUGCUUCCACACGGCGAAGAGCAGUUUCUUCCUGCCUGAGACCGAAGAGGGAAUGAUGGAGUCAAAGGAGUGCCUCCGGCGCCUCAAAAUGGCAGGCAUGGAAAAACUAAACUUCAGUGGCGGGGAACCCUUCCUGCACGACAAGGCACUGGGAGAACUCUGCCGCUUUUGCAAGGUGGAGUUGGAGCUCCCGAGCGUCAGCAUCGUGUCCAACGGAAGCCUCAUCAAGGAGAGCUGGAUGAAGCGCUUUGGAAGCUUCGUGGACAUCUUGGCGAUCUCCUGCGACUCCUUUGUGGAAGAGACCAAUGUACGUGUAGGUCGUGGUCGUGGGGAACACUUGCGGAAGCUCGAGGAGAUCAAGAAGUGGUGCGUCGAGUACAAGGUGGACUUCAAAAUCAACAGUGUCAUCAACGCUCUCAACGUUGAUGAGGACAUGUCCGAGCACAUCGAACGUUUGCAGCCCAAGCGUUGGAAGGUUUUCCAAUGCUUGCUGAUCGAGGGCGAGAACGCAGGGGAAGAGGCGAUUCGCGACGCUCGAUCACUGACGAUCUCUGAUGAACAGUUCCAGUCCUUUCUGGAACGUCACAAAGCAGUGUCCGUGUUGGUCCCAGAGAGUAAUGAUGCCAUGAUGAACUCGUACCUGAUCUUGGAUGAGAAGCUUUGCUUCCUGAAUUGUACUUCGGGUGGGAAGAAGCCAAGUGCUUCCAUCCGCGAUGUGGAGGUGGAGGUGGCCUUGCGUCAGGCCGGCUUCGAUGCGGAGAUGUUCGUGAAGCGCGGAGGGGUCUAUGAUUGGACCAAGCAAAGAGACAUCGAGGAUCUGGGCGAGGACAUGAUGGAUGUGAAGACACAGACGGCGGGAACCUUGGUGAAGAAGAUGUACAAGGGCCCCCGCGGCGUGCUAGGGGAUCGCGAAAGCCGCGAUGAAUGCGGUCGGCCCAUUGGGAUCCAAGCGCGCGACUUGGAGAUCCCCAGAGACGUCCAGCGCUUUACUUACAGCGACUUUGAGAAGUACUUCCGCAAGGCCGUGGUGGCGGCGACGCCACGGCCGCCCAGCAAUCAAAACCGAUCUUCCACGCGGGUCUUCAUCAUCGGCCCGGGCUUCGGGAAUCAGAUCAAUCCGCGGCAGAGCCGCAUGGUUGAAGCUGCGGGGUAUCAGAUGCGCUUCUGCUUCAGCAUUCCGAACCCAGAAGUGCCACAUUUUCCAGUGGAUCCCUAUCUAGAACAAGUGAAGUCCGAGAUGGACGCGUUCAGACCCCACGUCGUGAUGGGCGCCUCCAAAGGUGGAGUCUACAUCAUCGGCCUUUGGCGGCGUGGCUACUGGCGAGGGCCCACCGUGUUAAUCAACGCGCACCCCACGUGUCGCCAGUUGCCGCAGGAGGCGAAUGUGGUGAUCGCUGUGGGCUCCAACGAUGAGGUCUAUCCCAUCCAACGGCCUGAGCUCGAGGAGAUCAUGAAGACCGGUGGAAUGAACAAGACCUUCCUCUACUUCACCGCCGACAGUGGGCGUCUGCCCUCCGGGCAAAUCUCGCGGCAAGGGGACACCCACAAUCAGGAGUCCUUGCUGCACCAUGACGUGCUGCCGCGCCUCAUUGACUCCGUCCUCUGUCCCGAGGGCCCUGAGAUGCACUUCAUCCGGACCUGGAAAGAAAGGCUCUCGGUGGAGCGCAACAAUGCGGAGCUGUGGUUAGGCUUUAGCCCAGAGCAGGUCAUGCGGCUCUGGUCCACCAACGGGCACGGGCAACACUUGUUCGACGUGCACCCUGGCACAGAGGAGUAUCGCAUGGUGACCGCUGCCUUCAAGGCUCUGCCGGUGGAACAGCAAGCGUACAUCCUCUCGCCGCCGGAAACCUGGCUGCCGGUGCGCGCCCUGAGAAUUCAACGUGUGGAGAACGGACCACAAGGAGAUGCAUCAUGGAAGCCUUACUACAAGUCGUUGGUAAGGUCCUUGGAAGACCAAGGGGUGGAGUUCGAGCCCGGAACCCACACGUGUUGGGCCUUUCAUGGAUGCAACAACGAAGCGCUGGAGUCAAUCAUCAACAACCCGCUCUCGGGCUUCCAGCCAUUGGCAUCAGGAAGCCGCAGUACAACGCUUUGGGGCUCUGGCACCUAUUUUGCUCGAGACGCCAAGUACGUGGCUGAUGGUGGCUUCUGUGGUACGCCUGACAUGAACGGCAGUCGGAGGAUGCUGAUGUGCCUGCUGAUCAUGGGAAUGCCCUGCUUGGGGGAUCCCACUCACAAGGGCGUGCUGCCUUUCCGACACAAGCCGCCGCAUCGGUACCAUAGCUCAGUGGAUUGCCUUGCAAGCCCUGAAGUCAUGGUGGUGCCUGGGCUGAGACGUUGA